CUCGAGCCUCUGUCUGUCUGCCACCCUCCUCUCCAUCACCUACUAACACACAUCAUUUCUCGCCUCUUUCUCGAGUCGCGUCUUGUCUCUCCCUCCUCCUCCUCCUCCUCCUCCUCCUCCUCCUCCAUCUUCUGCCGGUUUUCCCUCCUUUUCACCACAAUCUGCACCCACUGUCCACACACUCAUGCUCAUUGGUACCCAAGGACAGAACAGCUUUUCUUCUGAACUGGCGAUGGUUUGAUCCUUUUGGCCAGACUUCUUGACACUGAGCUCAGCUGAGGAAGAGGACAAGGACAGAAAGAAGGCAUGGAGCACAGCCACAUCUUCCCGGUGUCCCACCACAAUGGGACCACUGGGGGAUGCCCUCUCGGACCCCUGCCCGUCAUUUACUACAGCAUCCUGCUCUGUCUCGGCCUGCCUGCUAACAUCCUGACUGUGGUUAUCCUGUCCCAGCUGGUGCUGCGUCGUCAGAAGUCCUCCUACAACUAUCUCCUGGCUCUGGCUGCUGCUGACAUCCUUGUUCUUCUCCUCAUUGUGUUUGUUGACUUCAUCCUAGAGGAUUUUAUCCUGGCUUCCUUCCUGCCUCCAUCCAUAAACAACGCAGUGCAGGUUCUAGAGUUCUCCUCCAUCCAUACCUCUAUCUGGAUAACGGUCCCCCUGACCAUCGACCGCUACAUUGCUGUUUGUCACCCUCUCCGCUACCACACGGUGUCCUAUCCUGCCCGAACGCGCAAGGUUAUAUUUGCAGUCUACAUUGGGUGCUUGCUCUCUGCAGCUCCCUACUACUGGUGGCCUGAGUUCUGGCACAGUCUACCAGGGGUUGGCAAGAUUGAUGAAGGAGGAGGAGGUGGAGGAGAAAGCAAUAGAAGAACAGUGGCAGAGCAUGUUCUGGUUUGGGCUCAUUGUGCCACGGUAUAUCUCCUACCCUGCGCAGUCUUCUUCUCCCUCAAUACUGGUAUCGUGCGAAAGUUGCGGAAGCGUCGCAACUGCUUCAGACUGCGCGGCUAUUCCACUGGCAAGACCACCGCCAUCCUCCUCGCCAUCACCUCUGUUUUUGCUGUUCUGUGGGCUCCACGUACGGUCUUGAUCCUUUACCAUUUCUACUCUCCACCACCAGCAUCACAAAGUGCCGGUCGCCUGCUCCACGCACUCACCGACAUUGCAAACAUGCUGGCUUUGCUCAACACCGGUGUCAACUUCUUCCUAUACUGCUUCAUCAGCAAGCGUUUCAGAGCCAUGGCAGCAAACGUACUCCGAGCGCUUGUCCACUGCCGGAAGCAGCCAAAGCCAUUUUAUGCCAGUCACAACUUCUCCAUUACAAGUAGCCCUUGGAUCUCACCUGCAAACUCCCACUGCAUCAAGAUGUUAGUGUACCAGUAUGACAAAAAUGGAAAGCCCAUCUGUAUAUCUUAAGUUCACACACACACUGGCAAAUCUUAGAGGCAAUCUUUGGCCUCAAAGGACUCAUCAAGGUGACACAAGUUUUCUGUUUUGUGGUUGGCUUAAAAGAUGCAACAGAAAAGGACAGAUGCACGGUGCAAAACUUCAAAGCCUUUUGUGAACAAUGAAGUAAUGAUAAAGCAGCAAACAGCAUCAGUACAAUUCUUAUAGCUCCCUUCAUGCAAAAAAACAAAACAAAACAACAACAACAAAAAAACACUAAUAAUUAAACUUUAGGACAGAUGAAAGCAUAUCAUCAUCAUCAUCAUCUACCAGUAAAAUGAGCCACCAUUUGUGACACAGAAAAAUGACAUAACAACAUGAUAAGUCCUUGGUAUAUCUUCAAAUACGGUUUGGUCAUGGAUGCUCUCUAAAUGAGGAGGAACUUUGAACAGCUGGGCCUUUUAUCUGUUGGGGAAAUUGCUGCCAGUCUGACGGCUGCACAUCUCACCUGGAGGGGUGAUUCACUCAGGCACAACCACAAACAGAGUGCCCAUUGCCCACGGUCGUAACUGUGUCUCUCUAGAAAAGUAAAACAGCUCUAUCAUUACCAUUUUAAUGCACAGAGGAGUCUCAAAUGCAUCUUACAACAUUUUUAGACUCUGCCCCUGACUGCGCUGUGCUCCAAGCUCAUCUACAACUCAACAUUCACAACGGAACUCAACUAUUACUAUCAUUUGACAAAGAGCUUUUCUUUUUUUUUGUUAGUUGGUGAAGUAUUUAUUCAUUGUAGACCUGACUGUUAUUGUAGCUUUGCAAAAACACAAGACAAGAAAUAUGACUUAGUAUCAGUGUAGCAAUGGGUAUUACCAAAUGAAUUAUUACCUUUUUACAUUGUUUUAGAAAAAUACUUCUGCAACUAAGAGAUUGUUACCUAUUACCUGUUGAUGGUCCUUUAUGACUUACUGUUAGCCAUUAUCGAGAUACAUGUAAUAAAAGUAACUGAAGAUGUCUUUAACCCUUUAUCUCCCUUGAGACAAAGAGAGAGGCAGAGAGGACUUGAUAUUCUGUUCUCCUUUCACGUUCACUUAAUUUUCCUUAUCCAAAGCUUUCUGUUCCAUUGGGCCACACUAAAUUUGGUCUAAGGGCAAAAGUGACACAUUCUGCUGCUGUCUCUAUUCGGGAACCUUUUAUAGCAAAACACAGUCACAUUAACUUAAUCUCACUGAUGCCCCUUAUAGAAAUCACACUUAAAUAAAGACAUAAACAUCUCUUGGACUGCUUGGCUAAAAGGUAGAGCUUCACGAUCAAUUCACAUGCAUCCAUAAGUCCCCAUUGCGCACUAUUAGGGAUCAUCUACCUAAUGAAGCUUUGCCUAAGAAGAUCUCCGCUAAGACAUGUCUGAAGGGA